CAUGUGCCUCGGAGUCUUCAGUUGAUCCGACGGUUCACUACAUCUCCCAGCAGCCACCGCGCGGCCGGAAGCCCUGCAGCGUCUGCCAGAGAAGAAGAAGAAGAAGAAGAAGCGGAGCAGCUGCUGCAGGUGAAGUUUAAAUAAAGUUGGCUCGGUGAGGAUGAAGAGCAGAGCAGAUGAGGAAGACUACUGGAACAGCUCCAAGUUCAAAGCCUUCACCUUCGAUGAUGAAGACGACGAGUUCAGCAGGUUGAAGGAGUCGAAGCGGGCCGUGAACAGCAUCCGCAGCCUGGUGGAGGAAGACGACGGCGAUGACGACGUGGAGAAGGUCAGCUGGAGCGGAGAGCCCGUCGGCAGUAUCUCUUGGUCGGUCAGAGAGACGGCUGCGUCCAAUCAGAGGACAGACAGAGAGCCCGCCUUCCCCAAAAUCAACACCGACACGCCAACCCUCAGCAAGAGUAACUCCGGGUACUCUCUGAGCUCCCUGUUCAAAGGAAAAACAAAAGGAGGGAACUUCCAGUCCUUCACUGACUCGCUCAACGACUCGUCUGUCAGGCUCUACGCUCCAGAACUCAGAAAACCUAAAUCUGAAUACAAGGAUUAUGUCAGUGAUUGGUCGCCUGAGGAGACGGUCCAAAGAAUUCAGCAGGGAAAGGCUGUGUCUCUGGAGAAGUUUCGGUCUCUUCAGGACAAGCUGCUGUUGCUCGAUUACGCCGUCGCCUCUCACGACGGAAACGUCAUCACGGCUGUUUUAAUUUAUUUAAAGAGGACUCUGAGUAAAGAGGUUUUGUUUCGGGAGCUGGAGUCCAGACAGACGGCUCUGAGACAUUUCAUCCACUACCUGACUGAAACCAGGGACCAGAGACUGCUGCUGGAGCUGCUCAGAGCUCUGGGCAGGACCGAGGACGUGGCGCUGCUGCAGUAUAAAGAACACCUGAACAUCGCAGAUGAAAACAAGAGGCGGGACUUCCUGAAGAGCUGCCUCAGUCUCCCGUUUUCUGCAGAGGACUCUGCUCACGUUCAGGAUCACUACACUCUGCUGGAGAGACAGAUCAUCAUCGAGGCUACCGACCGGCAGGCUGAGCGCGGAGGGAAGGUGGAAAUUUUCCAGAAGUUUCCCAGAAGAGCUUCGAUCCUCAACAUGCCGCUGGUCACAACACUCUACUACUGCUGCUUCUACCACUACACCGAGUCCGAGGGAACCUACAGCAGCCCACUGAACAUCCGUCAGACCUUCAAGAUUCCGGAAAAGCAGUACUUUGUGACGGCGUUGGCGGCGCGGGCAAAACUGAAGGCGUGGUCGGACGUGGAUGCUCUGUUCACCAGCAGGAACUGGCUCGGCUUCACCAGGAAGAGAUCCCCGCUCAGCUUCCAACGAGUCGUCGACAUCCUGCAGAAAAACUCCGCCCCCACACAGGUGCUGCAGGACUACGUGGCGCUGGUUGAUGAUGCGGAGCUGAGGAUCAGUUUGGCUCAGAAACAUAAAUGUCAUGACAUCGUCAUCAACACGUACCGGGACAUGAAGGACCGUCAGCUGUUGCUAGGAUACCGGGGGAAGGUGCAGCGAGGAUCUGCAGAUGAGAAGAAGAUCGACGAGCUGCUCAGCAACCAGCAAAUCCGGUGGAAGAACUGACGAAGGCGUUCUGGAAACAAUAAAACUUUACCAACACAUUCAGACUCAAAGCAGAUCACUGAGGAUCCAACACACGAGCAGGUGUUCAGAGGACAAACUGAAUGGGACGUUUACCUGUUCCAACGACCAACACGUGACCUGGAGACGUUCCAGACCAGUGUUCUGUGUGUACAAUAAAAAGUGUGCAUUUGA